AUGAACUUCUCGCUCUCCUUCUUUUCACUUCUUCUCAUUUUGCUGCCCACAAUUGCCAAUUCGAUCGAAUGCUACUCCGGUUCUCAACUACAAGUCAUCAACUGCCCAUCGAUGUCGUGUAUCAAACAAACGAUGAAUUUGGAUACGGUAUGUGUUGUGUUUUGACAACAAAACACCCUUCGAGGAGGGAUUAGGUACGCUAGGUUGCGUUUUGCGGGCGAGAAUUAUUAUGCAGGAGAGUCUCAGGUGGAAGGGGAACAAACGUUAAACUCCAUUCGGCAACAAGGACGGUUUGCAACUCAAAGACAGUUCGAAACCCAAUAUUAGAGAGUUCCAAAAAAUUAUAUAAGCCAUUUCUCAAUCAGAGAGCGCAUGGAAGUGAAAUUUUGCUCCCUAAUUCUCGUUUAUCUUCGUUUCAGAAGUUGAGAUUGCUGGCAUAUUUCUGUUAUCUCAUUUUUAUGAAAUCCCUGAGAUUCCCAGAGCUUCAAAAUGACAUAGUUGAAAUAUAAUCCGUUCAAAGUGACGAAUGAAGUGACAAUUCAAUGCAAUUCCAAUCCCUAGCCAAUUUUGUGAAAUCCUCAAGGACUAUAGCACCCAACCCGAUAAUUAGAAGACGUUCCUUGAAAAAAGAAACGAAUUCGCGCAUCUCCUCCUCUAAUUAUCCCCCGACGGGAAGCCAUGAUUUCAAGGACAAUCCAGUAAAAGCCGCAGUAAUAAUAGUUCAAGUUCAGGUACGGUACUGCGAUGGCACGGGCGUCUCAUCAAUCUGCCAGACGUAUCGGAUCGUCGAAACAUGCGACACCAUCCCCAACCUCGGCUACAUUUGCUGUUGUGGCGGUGAUUUAUGCAACUCGGCAACGACCACUUCGACACUUUUCUUUGUGAUGUUUGCCGCGCUUUUAGGCAUGUUUUUGUGA